UAUUGACGCGGAAAACCAGGAAGUCGACAUUGGAGAAGUGGUGUGUUGGCAUCCUGGAGGAAUUCUGGACCAAAGUACAAUAAAUCUGUCAACUCGGUCGUCCUCGUGUCCACGUACAGCGGCCCAGGCGUCGUGUUAUGCAGGGACACCUCUAAUGAGCGACGUGUCCUCACGGUAGACAAGUAACGUUACAGUAAGCAUAGGAAGGAUAAUGGGGAGGAAGGACGCCAGUGCGACCGGACUACCAGUCGAUCAGUACCGGAAACAGAUUGGUAAGCAGGACUACAAGAAGACAAAGUCGGUCUUAAAGGCCACGCGGCUGAAAGCUGAAGCGAAGAAGAAUUCCACUGGAUUCAGGGAUGCGUUCCUGGUCAUCACGGCGAUCCUCUUCUUCGUCCUCUGCGUCUACGCCUUCUUCUACCUCAACCUGAGCACCGAGAUCAACCUGGAUGUGGAUGUGGAUUAAAAACGAGCAAAGAGAAUGACCGAGUGUCUCUACACCUAUCACACAAGGUUGAGAAGAUUCAGUGAGGACAUGGAGUCAGAUGACUUUGUCUUAACGGACAUUAUAUAUAAGCCCCCAAAACACACAGAAUUGUGGGAGUGGAGGACACAGUCUUGUCAGCCUUGUUUACGCACUUUCACGGUGGCACAGUGGUGAUGAGCUGCCUCUUCAGGGGAAAUGACACAAUGCACCAGAUAACUCAUGUUUCAGGCUGUUUUUGACAUCCACAUUGUUUUAUAACUCAACAUUAGAAUCAGACAGUUAAGUUCCUCAAGUCCCUUUACUUUUUCUACAUGGGAUGAAACCGUAAUCAUUAUCAUACUGACACUUAAACAUUCUACAAGGAGAUUUCAGUUGGCUAUGAAACAGCCUCAACUGAAUGCUGAUGCCUCAGUGUGACCUAUGUAAACAAAUAAGAUCAUCCCUAAAAUUAAAGUUCGUUCUGAUGCUGGAGUGCUGAGGAUGUUUGAGGAGUCUCCUAGUCUGAGACUCGCAUUCUGUAUUCAUAGGGAAUGUUCAGAUCUUUACAUUUAGUUUGAAUGUGUUAUUGGUAACAUUCAGCAACAUUGUAGCUACACUAGUUCCAUUGCAUUCUCGUCAUAACAACACUGUUGUUUAAAUCCUCCGCACCCUCAGUUGGUUUGCCGGUUUGUUGCACUAGCUAAUGUUGCUAGCAAAUGUUAACAUGGCCAACCCUGCUGAACAGAUGUUGAUAUGCUAAUGCAAGCUAGCAAACGAUAACACUAACAACUAACGCUGCCUAGCAAAUGUUGAAAUGCUAAUGCCAGCUAGCCAACAUUAACACUAGCUAAUGUUAACAUUGCUAAUUCUAGCUUGCUAAGCUGGGUGCAUAGUGUAGAAAUCAGCCAUUUUUUUUCGCAAACUGGCAGCUAUAAAGACUGUUAAUAGCUGAUGGUUGAUACCAACAGCGUAGCAUUAUACUAAUGGUUGGUAAGAAGCUGGAACCAACUGUCAGAAUUCUCACGCAGAGAUAAACAGAACAAUCAUUUUGGACCAGACAAAUAUUAAAAAAUGAUCAAUUCAAAGUCACAAUAAUGUUUUGAAGACAAAAAGAUACAUUUAUUCUAUACCUUUCUGCAAGCUUUAUAGAUGUAUUAUUUUUUUUAAAUGAUUAGUCUACAUGACCUUAAACAAUAUUACUAUUACCAAGCAACCGAGUAACUGGGUCUAUAAACUUUCCUAGCACAAAUUUAACAUUAUUUCAUCAACGUCAUAUAGUUGUCAAGCCCCAAAUAGAUACAUCAGCUUGUGUCUUUCUUUUCACCAGCCAUUAAAGCAUAUGCAUGCACUAACUAGAUCAAGAUCUUGCCAGGAGUUUGAUCUUAUAGCUUUUGUUCACAGCGGUUGCCAGAAUCAACAAAAAAAGCAAAGCUCCUUGUAGCUGCUUUAAAUGUUCAAGUUUCUUAUUUCCCUGGGCAUAAAUCUGAGAGUGUAGCUUUGAUUCCCCGUUCUGGUAAACAAGUCGGUGACCUCUUGUAAAACCUCCUGCCGAAUAAAAUCUACAUUCAGUGAAGCAAAUGAGCCUUUUUUUCCACAAGCCUCCCAAAUUACAGUCGUGACCGGGCUCCGUUAAUCGUAUUCUGCCGAGUCACGUCCCACUGUUGUCUCCGCUAAUAGAAAAAUGUAAAUCUCCCGCUGAACCUCUCGUCACAUCGGGACAAACACUCGCCUCACAUUCCAGUGCACAAGCCUCUCCUCCCGGAUAUCUGGAGAUCACAAAGUGUGAGAUUAGAAUCCACAAAGCCCCCCGUCCUGAUUGAACAUGUGUGCAGAAUACAGAGCAACACAUUGUACCUGCCGCACACACAGCGCCGAGACAGACGUCCGCAGGAUUAGCAUCACAAAUAUGAUCCUGCGCUUUCAUUUGAAUGGAAAUUACAGAGAUGAAUGAUGACUGAAUAUAGGUGAGCCUGUAUGUUUCUCAUAAGGGGCACCUUGAUCAUUUCCUUGUGAAAUGUAUGUAUUGUUGUGAUGUGACUCUAGAGGAAGGAACAUGAAGGAUUGUCGAAACCUUUUUAAUGCUGCUGCUCAAAUCGUACAGGGCUUGACCUUCUGUUAACCAUUACAGUCCAAUUGCUUCCACUGUUUCCAUUGAGCCUCCGUGGUGGCAGCAGGGGCUCUUUUUUUAUUGGUCCAUUCACUUUCUUUAUUUUUUGCAUGGAUUUAAAAAAAUCUUUUCAUCUUAUACUUUUUAUUAUUGUUUUUCGCAGCACGCCUCAAUUCUAACCAGCAGUAGCAAUAAUUUUUUUCUAAUCAACCACUAAUGCAUGUUUUGGAUGUGACUUUUUCACAUUAAUGCAAUGCAGAAAAGGUCAGUACCAAACACAAAAGUGCAUGUUGUGACGAGGGCUGUAUGAUUAAUCGAAAUAUGUUCAUAAUGGAAAAGAGCAAAAUGCAACAAAUCUAGGUCUUGUGUCUUUUCUCGGUUGUGAUUUGUGAUUGUGGGGGGGUUUUUUGGGGUUUUUUUUGUCGAAAUCUGAGAGAUUUGAGGUUUGGGUUUCUACCUUUUCUCCCCCUCUUUUUCUCCCAUGACCCCCCCGACCUCUAGUCAAAAGACUACAUAUCCAAGAAACCAUUAUGAUAGACGGGCACCCAUAACCCCCACCCAGUGGCUUUUAUCUGGCCUUGCUGCAUCCAGGCCCCCCUCCUCCACCACUGAGUCACUCGCAUGUGUAACAAUAGAUAGCCCUGGCCCUAAAAGGCCUUCAUACAUGACACCUGUUAUCUAAAAGGUUGCCAUUACCAACUAGAAGAGCUCUGACAUCGGUACAAUGAAAAAGGAUCCGGCGGCACAUUUAGUCAGACCCAUGGCAAGAUGAGAUGCGAGCUUUACUUCGCAAUGCUGCGAUGGUCCAUGCUGUUAUUGAACUGGCUUUUCCACGGUUUGCUUUGCCAUUGUGAUUCAGUCACUGGAUGUGUGAUGUCUUAUGAAUUAUUCUCUUGUAUUUCUUUUGUGCAAUUGCUUUUAUAAUCAUGUAUCAUGUCAUCUUUAUAAGGAAUAUAUAAUUAUGCAUCGAAGAUUAAAGGUCCUUUUUAAUGAA